AUGAUAAUUAAGGAAGUUACAAUAAAAGAAGUCCAAGACACCAUCGAAGCUCUACAAAGUUUACAAAUUCCUGCCCAAGAAGUUUCAUCUAGAACUGAAGGAAUCUCUAUUAAUGACCAAGAAUUGGUAGUUGCUAAAAAUAAAAUUAAUGCAGGAAUAACAGUGAUAGGUCGUUUAGGAUUAGUAGACAAUA